AUGGUGGUCCAACGUACCCCACCACCCGUCCGCAGAUCGCCGCGAAAGGAAGCUGCCGCCGUCACACAGGCUCCCUUCUCUUCACAACCUCCCCUCUCAUCGCAAGCGCAAAAGAUCGCAAACACCAUCGCCUCGACACCGUCAGCCUCGUCGCGCGCCGAACCAUUCACCCCUGUCCCACACAAUGCAGCCUCCGACUUUCCCAGCUUGGAUCAGAUGGCAGCCGUAUCCAAAGAGCAGCGCUCCGUCACUCGUCCUACCGCCAAUCGCGCUGCCUUUGCCGCCUCCUUCCCGGCUUCCAGCUCCAACACAGUGCCCAGCUCGCUUCCACGUCCCACCGCUCAGUUGCGCAGUACCCAGCUCAUCAAUGAUGAAAACAAUCACGACCAGCGAUCACGCGCAGCACGCUCUUCCCUCACCAACGGUGCCAUCCAGCGCGUACGUCAACAGGCCGGCGAUGUGACUCCUCUCGGCGUCUCCCAGGCAAGGGCCGCCCGUCAAGCGCAGGCUUCAUCCCAAGCGAAUCAAUCUCUGAUCGCAGACGAUAGCGGCGACAGCACCGCGCAGCUCGUUCCUGGCCGUCGCGACAUCAACCCUGUCCUCGCCGACAUCGAUGUCGAGAACCCUCAGAUGCCCGGUCUUGCCUCGACUGCCGCUCCGACUGCCUCAACACCGGCCGUCAACAACACUGCAGCCUUCACGACCGAUGCGGCUGCUGAUGCCUCUACCGCGUCUCAGACGUCCGUAUUUGGCACUGCAAUCCGUCGGAACGGUGUCGACCAACCUAUCGGCGGUGCAAAGGCAGGCACGGCCUACGACUUUAGCAAGUAUCUCGACGGCGAGCUCGAUCCUUUCAACCGUGCUUCGCGCGCCAACGUCCGUCGAGAGUCGCGUCCCUUACCAGCAGCUCAGCAGCAGAACGUAGGCGCCAGCGAUGAAGACGCCGACUCGUCCGGAGACACGACCGCACGCGGAGCUCUCGCUGCCGCGGCGACGACCGCGACAGUCGCUCCCAUCGAGUCCACCCCCUUCUUCAACCGCGUCAAAGCAGCAGCGGCGCCGACACCUCGCAUGAGUCCGCACGCCAGUCCUAGCGUCUCGAGCCGCAAGCUCGCACAUCUCUCUUCGCUCACAAACGGCCACAGCACGCCUUCUGCAGUCAAUGCCGGCCCCUCUGCACUCGGCGACGCGUCCACCGUCUCGCUCGCAUCGCACAACCGCUUCGACCCGUCCGCACGCGCAGACCGUCUCCAGACCAUGGAGCUCGGCGAGCUGCGCAAGAAGGCCACCGCCCUCUCGCGCGAUCUCACCGCCGCCCACGACGCCCUCGCCUCGGCCAAAGAAGAGUCGGAAGGCUGGGCAUCCGAAUGCACCGGCUUGCAGGAGCAGCUGUCGACACUUAAAGCAUCCCACCAGACUGCCAUCGCCCGCGAGACCCGCGCUCGCACCGAGCUGCAGGUGCGCCUCAGCCAAUACAAGAUCGAAGCCGACGACCGCGCAUGGAAGCUGCUCUCCCAGCGUCGACAGGCUUGCCUCGUCGAAGUGGCCCUGCAGCACGCCAAGAACGAAGUCACGUACCACGAGGGCAGGUACCACGCUACGGAAUCCGAGCUCGAGGGUCAGAAGGACGAGUUGCGCAUCCGCCUCAUGCUCGAACGAAAGCGCGCCGACCUGCUGUCCUUGCACGUCAAAGCGGCGCUGCGCGAUUCGGCCCGUAUGAAAAAGAGGCUCGGAGUCAAGUCGGCGGCCCUGCUCGAACUGCAAGCGGAGAACGAGUCGUUGGCGGAACAGCUGGAGGAGGCGCGCCAGUCUCGAGGCACGGCAGGUCGCUCGGGCGACAGCAAUGCAGCAGCGAAACUCAAGCAGCAGCUGAAGGACGCUCAGGCCGAGAUCGAAACGCUCAACGAACGCGACGCUAUGAUGGCCGAGACGCGCAAGACGUGGAAGGCCGAGCGCAAGCAGCUGCUCGCCCAGGUGGAACAGCUCUCGUCGUCCUCAGCACCAGCUCCUGCUCCCGUCGCCGCAAAAGUCUCCGCGCUCAAAGCCGCCAAGUCUCUCGUGGCGACGCAGAUGCUACCUCCGUCAUCGCCCGUCUACGCCAAACAGAAGAGCCGUCAACCCAUGCAGGGCGCAUCGGAGCUUGAGCCGCCCUCGGAAGACGAGAUGGAUCGACGCGCUCCUCCUGCCGCUCGCAAGCCGCUUGCUGCCAAGUCCUCAGCGCCGCUCGUUCCCUUCGCUCAGCUUCCCUCCAAGAACGCUACCGCAGCGGUCAAGAAGACGACCAAGCCGACCGUGGCAGCGCCCAAACCCAAAUCGAGCAAGAACUGGCGCGACGAGGUGGCCAUCACCGACUCGUCCGAAGAGGAUUCUGACUCUGACGCCGGUGCCAGACGCAGAUCCAAGCCUGCCAAGACCGGUCUCAAGAAAUCCGUCCCGAAACCCACCGUCGGUGGGAAGAAGACGAAACCUUCGAUGCCGAUCGAGUACGACGACCAAACGGCCGAUCCGUCGGCGACGCCCAUCAUCCGCACCAAGCGAGCCGCUGCGCCUGCUGAGAGCGACGACGACUCCGCCGGCCCCCCGGACUCCUCUUUGCUCGCGACAAAGUUCGGGCGGGAUCGCACGAAUACCCUGCCCACCAAACCGAAGCCUUCGACGUUGAAAGCGAACCUCGCGCUGGCCAGCCAGAACGCGGCGGCGGCAGCAGGAGGAAAGAAGAAGAAACGCAAGCUGCUCGGUGGCGGCGCAGGGGCGAUGCAGUGGGGCGCAAGUGAUGCAGCAGGGUUGGCGCCCAACUUUGAUAUCCCCCUGGAAUUGAGUCCGAUCAAGGGCGGCGGGAAGACGGCUGGGAACGGGGGUCCGGCGGCGUUCAUGGCUGGGUUCGGGAGGAAUCCGUUCGCUUGA